AUGUCCACAAUCCUCGUCCCCCUCUACAUCUACCCCUCCUCCUGGUCCGAAAGCCUCGGCUCAGGCUGGUCCCCGCUCUUUUCCGCGCUCACCACGGCUUUGACCAAGAACCCUUCCCUAGAGUUUUUGGUGGUCAUCAACCCCGGCAACGGACCGGGGCCGGACUACCCGAUCCCGAACGCCGAUUACCGCGCGGCUCUGUCUGCGCUUUCGGACUCUGACAGAUUUCCUAAUGUGAAGGUUAUCGGGUACGUGCAUUGCUCGUAUGGGCAGAGGGACGUGGAGGAAGUACGGAAAGAUGUGGAGGGGUAUUUGGGGUGGUUGGAAUUUGCGGAACGGGGGGAAUGGCAAUCACCAGCAGUCACUGCCACUACCAGCUUUACCAGCAACCACGGUGCCUUGCAACCUAUCCCCCGAGGAGCCUCCAAUCCAGCUCUACCAGCGCAGUCCAGCCCGGCACCCGGCAAGGGCAAUCUUACAGCGCCCGCCGAGCCGCCGAUCACUGAUAACAAUAGCUCUUAA